AUGAAUAUAAAACAAAGAAGAAUCCGCCGUGUUACGCAAAAGGUUGACCUUCAACCACAACAGUCACAACAGAGGUCCCGAAGGCACGGAGUCAAACGUUGGGAUUUUGAACCCGUCGCACUCGACGAACAGAUGGCUCGAGGCGACUAUGAGCGCCUCCCCAUGACACGAAAUGGAACGACCACGAACACACGAUUCCUCAUUAAGCCACGAACUAUUUUCGCGUUUUUCAAGUACGCGCUACCAGUCUCAUCCCUACUCCUGCUAGUCGGCUUUUAUCUAUACGAGCCGCACAUUGAACUAGCGUUCUACGACCGGACGUGGGUGCACAAGGAGAUUGAACCCGUUGUGCCUCUAUCCAAGUGCUUCGAGGAACACCGCGUCAGUCCAAGCUACAACGUCUCACAAUUCGUAUAUGGACCCAAGAAGACCGAAGUACAAGCAGGGAUACCGAUGAGGAUGGGUUUGGAUUGCUACGACUUCGCUGGAACUAUCAAGUCUACAUCCCGCACCAACCAUGCACAUAUCCCAGCAGACGAACGCACCCAAUACCAUACCUACUGGAGAAGCGACCUCGCACCCUUCGGACCACGGCAAGAAUGGAUGAUCAAGUCCUUUUUCGCGACGCAAGACCUUACCUCGAGUCGCUUGAUCCUGUGGUCCAACGGAGACCUCAGCCCCAAUCCAAUACUGCAGACAUAUCUCAUACGGUACCCAGAUGCCUUUGCCUUAAAGAUUGUGGACAUUCCGGCCCUUGCAAAAGGCACCGAGCUGGAUGGCAGCGAACUGUUGACGAGGAAAGACGCGAAGGCUUGGGUCGACGGAGACCUCAUCCGGCUGCUUCUGUUAUGGAAUUAUGGAGGCAUUUGGGUCGACAUGGAUUCACUGCUCACACGCGACCUUGAGCCUCUCAUGGAGCACGAGUUUGUUACGCAGUGGGAUUGUUACGACAAAAUUUACCUUCCUCUCAAUGGUGCCCUGAUGCGCUUCCGGAAACACUCGCCCUACCUGUGCGAAGCCUUCCACAUCAUGACUAUCUCUCCUCCUCCACGAUCCGGCUCAACAGACUGGGGUGCUUUGCUGUACUUCAAGCUCUGGCGGCGGCUCCUUGCAGCGUCCAUUCCUCCCUUCAAGAUCCUUCCCUUCUGUUUCAGCGACGGCCGGUCAUGCCGACUGGACAACCGCCUCCCAGAUCCUUUCACACCGGACAACAAGGCAGGAAAAUGGACGUUCGGCCUCGGCCUUGAAGAAGGGAGUGGAUUGGACCAAACUCUCCAGAAGAUCUUUGGUGUCCAUCUGCAUAACCAGUGGGACAAGCCCUAUCCGAGCAAUGGAUGGGUCGAACGACUGCUCCUUCGGAGAUACGACGAAAAGCUCCAGUCAAAGCGGGAACUUUGA